ACCCUACAGGAAGAGCGCCACACAGAGACAAUGGGUUAAAAAGGGUAUUUACACACACUCACUUCGAUUGCUAUUAACAUUGGAAUGAAACUGCCCAGCUCAGCAAUCGGCAGUUAUCGAAAAGUCAACUUCUCACACAAAAGAUAAGUCUGUCGAGUGGUCGGGAAGGGUUUGGAUGGCACGCUUAUAAAUAGCUGUAACGCGAUGCAUCGGCUCUGUCUUGAUGUUCACUGCCGUUGUUAGUUUGUACGAUAAACACGAUGUCAUCCUACGGUAGGAUACGUGUGCCUCCGUUGGCGCUGGUGCUUGCCGUCUUCUGCCUUUGUUCGCCCAUCACCGUGAACGCGUUAGAGUGUUACAGUUGCGAGGGUGAAGACUGUGUGCGAGUGACCACGGCGGGUAUCACAAUCACCUGUGAGAACGCGAAUGAUCGCUGCUUCUCCAGAUACAACUCGAUCACCCUGUUGCCCAUACAGCGAGGAUGUCUAAAGCAGACGGAAAGUUCUACCUGUACCGGGGAAGAUUGUGUCUAUUGUGCCACGGCCGAUUUGUGCAAUGAUGCUGGAAGUCCCAGACACCUAUGUGCCGUGUGCUCUUCUCUUGCCGAUCCGAACUGUCUAUCCAAUCCGAGCUCGCUGACUCCAGUGCAGUGUCCUUCCCCAUCCAACGUGGACUUGACGGCGGCGCAGUGCUACAGUCGAGUGAUCGGUAGUGUGACAGAGCGGGCCUGCAUUACAUCGCAAGCUGAUGUGGACCGCUGCACAGGGCUGGACUGUGCCACUUGCACCGGAAGCGGAUGCAAUCUGGUAGAGUUCCCCACCGAUAGGAUCCAGUGUGUACAGUGUGAUAACGCUGAUAGUUGCAACACGGACGCUACCUCCUCCGCCUAUUGUGAUGACGUGGAGGACGUGUGCGUUACGAUGCGUCGAGCAAAUGGUAACGUCAUGAAGUCGUGCAAAAAUGCUAUGGGGUCCACUGACCUGGCCUACUGCCUUGCCAAUCCAUCCCAGUGCAACUACUGUGGCAAGAAGCUCUGCAACAGUGAGGCGUUUAGUGCGAGUGCUCCCACGAAAAAUUGCUAUCAGUGUGACGGAUCCGACUGUCUAAAGUCGAGCGUAAAACUCGUAAGCUGCCAGCUGACGGAUGAGGAUUGUUACAGCAUUUUCAGUGGAUUUAAUCCAUCACGGCGUGGCUGUACGCAAGAGCUUACGAGCGCAGAGAUGGCCGCCUGUAAAGUACCUGACUGUGUUAUUUGUAACGAGGAAGAGUGUAACUUGGUGUCGCGAGCCGAUCACCGAUGCGGUUACUGCUCCACUAUUAAGGACUCGAACUGUGUUGCUCCUGCCACUGGAGCUCUAACCGUGGUCCAGUGUCCAGCACCAUCGACGGAUGUUUCCGAUGCACAAUGCUACACCAAAAUUGUAAGAUUACAUCAGGAACACAUCUUUUCUUCCUUUAUAACACAAUCCAACUAUGGUCAACGUCCUCAGAUUGGUGGAUCGGUUACUGAGCGCGGUUGCAUUAGUGGGGCAUCGGAUCUUCAAGGUUGUGCGACGGAUGGUCACAACUGCCAGACCUGUAACAUCGAGAACGAUGGGGAAGCUUGCAAUAGUGGUCUUUUCCCGAGUGAUCGUCGACGAUGUACGAUCGGUACGACUGCCAACGCUUACUGCCCCAAUCCGUGGGAUGAUUGCGUGCAGCUGCUCCAGAGCGGAACACGGAAACGGACCUGCCGAUCGUCGCUGACCGAGCUGGAACGCAGCUUCUGUGCAAACAACACCAACCGAUGCCACUUCUGCUCUACGGAUAAUUGUAAUGUUGCGGAAGUCAACUUCAACUACGUCGAGUGUCUCUCCUGUGACUCUGCGACGGACAGCAGAUGCGCUACGGAUCCUGCCGCACUGAAUACCUUCGAAAAGUGUACCAGCUGUGCUAGCGCCCUUAUCACAAGCAAUGGAAAUACAACCACACGCCGAGGAUGCCUGGCAAGCCUUCCUUCAGACGUUUCGAGCCAGUGUAGCGCUACAUCCUUCGGCUCCUGUCAGCGAUGCUCGACCAAUCGCUGCAAUGUGGCCAAUUUCCCACCGGAUCGCCUUCAGUGCUACCGAUGUGCGGAUCCACCCUGUGUCUCCCAUCAAAACGUACGGCUUGAGUACUGCCCAGUGUAUCAAGCCGGAGACAGUUGCUUGCUGGAAUCAGACACCUCCGGUCAGCUACUUCGAUUGGACUGUCGUAGCUCGUUAACGCAGAGCGAGCUGUCCGCGUGCUCGGGUCGAUGUCAAAUGUGCUCUACUGCGGGCUGUAAUGACCCGCUGGCUUAUGGCACUUCCGGCAGCUGUGUACAAUGUCGCAGCUCGUUAAAUUCGCUCUGUCGCAACGAUGCGCUCCAAAUUGCACCGGAACCGUGCACCAAUCCCGCCAACUCGCAAUGCUACAGCCGGCUGGUGGACGGUGUUACCGAGCGCGGCUGUAUGAGCGAUCUGACGGCGACUGAGCGCAGUGCGUGCACACGUGGUGAGAACUGUCUCGUGUGUAAUUCGCGAACGAGCAACUGCAACACGGUACAGUACCCGGUUGCACCGCUCACCUGCUUCCAGUGUGAUUCACGGACCGACGGCGAAAGCUGCCAAGCCGCCCAAACAGGCACGCCACCCGAAUGUCCGACGUACGACACCGCCAACAAGUGCUACACGAUCGUACAGUCGAACGGGGACACGGUGCGGAAAUGUUCGACGCAAGUGCGAGAGGUUGAGUGUGGCACGGCCAGCGCUUGUGAGGUCUGUCUCUUCCGUGGAUGCAACACUAAGGCCAGUUCGGCUGUCGGUGUUACAGAGCCACCCGUACGUACGACAACACCAGGGCCGACCAACGACGCAAGCACCAUAGUCGGGAGCUGGACGGUGCACAUCGUUAUGCUGAUGGCAGUGUGGGCCGUUUUGGGCAAAGUAGAAUAGGAUUUUAUGUAACAAUGUUGACAAAUGUUCAAUUGUACGGUGAGCAGGAAGACAAGAAAAAUCGAAAAUGAACAAUUCCAGCAUGAUUCACAAAGGACAGCGCGCGUCUUCUCCAACCCAAUCUACGUUAAGUUACGAAUGCCAGCUAUAAUAUUAGGAAACACAUAACUUCGUCGUUUCUGCUACCAAAAACGCACUGCUCAAAAUAAGAUCAAACAUUCAAUGGGCUCCAUUUAGUACCCCUCUAGCCCUAUAAAAAUAGACCGUUGUGUAAUCUCCCUGGGCUUGAUCAUAUA